AUGAAAGUGAAUCGAUCUUUGGUAGUUGUGUUAGAUGUUAUAAUGUGGUCGGCAUUUAUGAAUAGUCUAGUAAUAAUAUGGAUGGCAGUAAGUGUUCAAUUGAUACGAUACAGUAGCGGAGCCGUAGAAAUGGAUAAUGAGUUUGCGGAAUUUGAAAAUAUGGAAGUGGAGGAUAUGAGUGAUCAAGAAGUUACUUUGAAGCCAGAUAGAGAAGCUAACAAAGCCACUGGCGACAAGUCAGAGGCCAUUGAUGAUAGUGAUGACGAUGAGUUUAUUGAUGAAGAUGAAUUUUCGGAGCCUAUAAAAAAAACUCAUCCGCAAAGGACUGAAUCAGAACCCUCGCCACAGCUCAGAUUUGCUGAUGUACCGGCUCAUUUUCGCUCCAAUUGGGCAUCUUAUCAGGUGGAAGCUUUAAUAUUAGCAGUAUUGGCAGUUUAUAUGUUAAAUUACAUUUUCGGUCGUACCAAAAAUCGAAACGUUGCGAACAAGUGGUUUAUGGAUGUAACGCCACUUCUGGAAGAACAGUUUACACUUGUAGGAGAUGAUGGAACAUCAGAAGACUUGAGAGAAGGCCAUAUGCAUAAAGAAACUGAUUCUGUGUGCUCAGGUCGAGUUGGUUGUCAGGGAAUGUUAAUUACUUUGCAACUGCUGAAACGGCAGGAUUUAAUUCACGUUCUCAUGAAUCUUAUUCGUCCGAAGGAAGAUAAGGUUAUAAUACGUAUCGAUGUGGACAACAAUGAAAUGGAUUCAUUUGUGUUUGCUAUUGGACAGCGAAAAUCAGUGGCUAAAGCGGCCAAAGAAAAAAUGGAUCUUAGUUUAUUUACAGUAGAAAAAAAGGGAGUGGAUAGACUAGGACUUCCUUCCUCGAUUGUAGUUUAUGCAGAAAUGUUUGAAGCUGUUAAUGCAAUUAUCGAUCCAGUGGUUUUAUCAGUAUUUCGAAGAUACGAAAGCGCCAUCGACUAUUUCCACUUUUCAGACCAAUAUUCUGGUUAUAAACCUUCGGAUGUAUUUUAUAGUGGUGAAUCAUUUACACGGUUGCCGGAAACAAAUCGAGUGCUAUUCUUCGCUUUCAAAAUGAGUGAUGAUAUGGCCGAAAUUGAUGCGCUGUUGCGAAUGGUAUUUUAUACUUUUGAAAAAAUAAGGCGUUAUCGACUUUCAAGAGAGGGCAAACUGAAGGCGGAUAAAAAGCGUCAAAGUGUGCAGGAAGCAUUCCUAAAAACAACACAUCAAGCAAGGCAAGAAGCAGCUCAAGCCCGCCGAGAAGAGAAAACAAGAGAACGCAAACAACGCCUUCUAGAAGAGGAAGAUCCCGAAAAGCAGCGAAGACUAGAGAAACUCGAACAGAAACGUGAUAUGAAAAUGCGGCAGCCAAAAAUGAAACAAUUAAAAGUGAAAUGA